GUUUUGAUAGCACCUAAAUUUAAGCUACUACGUACUUUCCUAUCCCUAUAUUUCAUUAAAUCUUUUCUAAACCAUGGAAACUCAAGAUGCACCGCCCCAUAAUAAUGAAAAUCCGGCAGAACUUGCUCCGGCGACGGCAAGCCAUGAUGGCCAAGAAAAUUCAGAUCUUGCAGAAAAGAAAAGUUCCAAGGAGUUUAAUGAAGGAGAGAACAAAGUGCUUACGAAUAACAAGUCUCACAGGGGAUCUUAUGACAGAGAUAUUGCUCUUUCAGAGUUGGAUAAAGAAAAGACAUUAUCCUUUAUAAAUGCUUGGGAGCAUAAUCAGAAGGCAAAGGUUGAAAACAAGAGCCAGAAGAAACUUGCUAAUGUCAACUCAUGGGAGAAUAACCAGAAAGCUAAACUUGAAGCAAAACUGAAAAGAGUUGAGCAAGCACUGGAGAACAAGAAAGCAGAAUAUGCAGAGAAGACGAGAAACAAGCAGGCUUCAAUUCACAAGGAGGCAGAAGAAAAGAGAGCCAUGAUUGAAGCCAAACGAGGUGAAGACAUUCUAAAGACAGAAGAGAUGGCUGCUAAGCAUCGUGCAACAGGUCAUGUGCCAAAGAAGAGUUAUGGGUGCUUUGGGAGUUAUAAAUGAGUCAUUGCUCGUGUGUGUUUGAGUGUGCAUGUGCUGCAUUUUCUUUCUUUUGUUGCGUUUUUUCAUUUAUUUUCUGUAGUAUUAUGUUGGUUUCUUCUAUAGAUGAAGCAAUAUGAAUAAAGUGUUGGCUUUCUUAUAUAUGCAUUACAGAAUUUGUAUACAAAACUUUAUAGAUUUAAUCAUGAGUCCUUACGUAACUGGUGAAUCAUAAGAAGGAUUUGAUCUUUGGUAUCCUCA